GUUCAUUGAGAGGGAAUCAUGGGUAUUCUUGCCUCAUCCACAGUGUAUUCGGCACUGUAUCACGGAAAUGCUGUAUCCCCCUGCCUGCUUCCAUCCAGCACUCAGAGGCAGGCAGUGUGGUGGGGGAAUUAAAGUGACACAGCUACAUUAUAUGAAAGUAAAGCAGAGCAGCUCACAAGGAUGGACCAGCAGCUGAUGAAGGAGGCAGUUUCCUGCACAGCCCACCCCAGUGAGGACCCGACGGCAUCUUGAAAUAGAAAUUCAAAGAGGAGGAGAGAAAAGAGAGAAGGGGGGUUUUGAGAGAGAGCAUUGGUAUGCCAGGCUUAAUACCUAGCAUGGCCGUGCAGAAGAAACAGAGUGCCAUCCCUCCAUCACAGGGACCACUUUCUACACGUACAAUCGCAAGCCAAAGGGUUGGAAACAGAUCUGAAAGAGCAGGAGUAAAUGGCUUUCAUAUCAAAUCAAAUUCACAAACAAAGAAAACAGCCUGUUCUGUCAACAAGUUUGCCCAAAUCCGCAACUCGGUUACUCCCCGGGCCACAGCAGAAAGUAAUGGACUAAAUGUUGAUGAAAGACUGAAAGCAGCACGGGAAAGAAGAGAAGAGCAACAGAAGGUGCUUGUCUCACGGGAACUGAACAGGUUGGAGAGGGAACAGCGGGCCAGGCGUUACUAUGAACAACAGCUUCAGGAUCGCAAGAAAAAACUACAGGAGCAAAGGCUCAAAGAGCAGAGGAGGCGUGCAGCCGUGGAAGAGAAGCGCAAAGAGAGGUUGAGAGAAGAGAAAGAGCGAUAUGAAUCUGCAGUGCGCAGAACGCUGGAAAAGAGCCAAAAAGCCCAACAGCACCUCAAUCAAAACCCAAGAGGAAGGAAGCCCAACAAAUAUGCUCCACGUCGCUUGCCUCUGACAACAUGGGAGAAGAAUCUGGUUAGUCGCCUUCUUACCCCUACAUGCUCUUAUCUGGCCAGGAGCAAGAGUGCUGGUUGUCAGUCAGGAGGAGAAGUUGUCCAUAUAUGCCGCCGUGCAGUUUCAUACCACUCCAUGAACACCACCACUCACAAACCCCAGCACCACUCUGGUUUAGUCCACCACAGGGUAUCAUCUGUAUCCCCAAGUUCCAGAAACAGCCAGCAGGGAAGCAUCAGUGUGGCUCAGAUCAAAGCAGCAAGACAACAAAAUACAUUUCAGAGGAACUCAUACAGCAGGUCAUCUUCUGUUAACACCCAUGUUAAAUCUGCCACAAGUACACAAAGCAGAACAGUCUGCCCCUCACCAGACCGGAGUCCCCGAAGAUCAGUCAGCAAACAUUCAACGCCGCUGCUGCUCGAACUUCCAUCUGUUCCAGAGGAAGAUGCUGCUGUUUGUGGCGCUGCUCUCUCUCCUGGAAACACAAGGCCUGUUAAGAGAUUGGAUAAAGGUGAACAGGAGAAACUUAAAAAAGAAAAUCCACCAGAGACUCCACGUUCAAACCUGCUCGAGAGACCUCCAGAAAGAGAGGCUUUAAUCAGAACAGCAGGAGAUGGAAGCCCUACCAAAGUGCAUCCUCAUUCAGCUCCACAGCCACCUGAGAUCAUGCUCCGGCCCUCUGCUGGGACUUCAGAUCCAGAGGAGGCCUCACGUCUUCUCACUGAAAAGAGGAGAGAGGCUCGACUGCAACGAGAGAAAGAGGAGCAGGAGCGCUUGCAACGGGAGGAGGCUGAAAGGAGAAGCCGUGAGGAACUGGAGCGCAGGAGAGCGGAGGAGAGGGCUCGACAGGAGGCCGAGGCUCAGCGUCUCAUAGAGGAGAAGAUGAGAAGAGAGGAAGAGGAGCAGAGACAAGCAGAAGAAGAGAGAGCUCAGGCUAUGAGGGAAGCUGCCCUUCUCCAGAAAAAGAGAGAAGAGGAAUUAGCUGAAGAAAGAGCACGAGCAGAGCAGCUGAAGCAAGAGCGAGAAAUAGUUGCACAAAGAGAGGAAGCAGCGCGUCAGGCAAGAAAAAAGCGACUUGAGGAGAUCAUGCGGAGGACCAGAAGGACAGAUUCUCCAGAUACGAAUUCUGGACCACUGCGGAUCCUCCCAAAUGAAGGCCAACCAAAAGAAAACACAGUGCCUGUGCACAAUGGGAUGAUAGAAGAUGCUGUCAAACUGCCAGUGGGGAGUAAAACCACACAGCUGGGGCUGAAAAGUGAGGAGGACAUGGUACCUGUUGUGGCCUUUAAAGAACGCAAGUCUCUCAGAGCACUGUCUGGUCUGGAGGAAAUCCAAACCCACCAAAGAGCAGAAGUCAUCUGAGCACCUGCAGAGUGGUCCUCCAAUCAGAGACUGCGCUGGAGAGCUGCCUUUUCUCUGUGAAACAGAGCACACUCAUUUCGCUGCCCCUCAGCACCUUGAAAGAGCAUGUAAAACUAAUGCCUUGCCUCCCAGCGAGGACAUCAGUAUCACUUUUCUGUGUAGAAUGAGUGGCACAAAUAUUACAAGCUACAUAUUAAUCUCCUUAGUACAGCAGGGUUCUGAUCUAAAUAAUACUAUCCAAAAGUGCUGUAGACCUAGUUAGUGCAGAUAGUUUGUUGGUAAAUGCAGUUAAUUAGUUAUGAAGACUGUUGCCUCUGUGAUGUACUAGAAAUAGCCAUUCUAUCACAACUUGUCCAGUGCUUUCUGCUUGUUGCUGAUAUUACCUACAACCCGUGCACUUUUCCUUCCUCAGAUUUUGUCGCUGUGGAACUAGAAUAUGUCAAAGUUGCAGACUUACGCCAAGAGCAGAGUUCAGCACGUUAGCGGGAUAUGACUUGCUGCAUUCCAAUCUUAAUCUUGGACUUUGUAAACUAUAGCAAUCACUUACUGUAUUUCAAAGCUGCUGCAGGAAUAUAGCUUCCAAAGACUUUUGCUUCGAUUUUGUGUUUGUGUGGUUUUAGAGGAUACAAAGUACAAUGCGUUUCUUGCACUGACUGCUGCUUUGAUAUUGUGCAAUCAUUUCACAAGGCAAAGUCUUAGGUCUGUAGUUUACAUAGGUUUAUUAUAAUAGAAAGCAUUAAAAAUGUGACUGAUAUUUAAGAUUUGAUCUUGUUGCUUAAGUACUGCUUAUGACUAUCAUAUGUUAGCUUGUUACAGGGGUUAAAAUAUGUGCCAUAUUUGAAUAAAGUUGAUACUAUGCCA